AAAUAAAUGCAACUAAUAAAGAAAUGUCUAUAGAAAUAUAGGGAAGUAUAAAUGUACUACAGAAAGUAAUUCAUUAAUUAAAAUCAGUGUAUUUCUAAUCCUCCGGUGGCUGUUCGGGUGAUGAGGUGGACCAAACCCAAAGCUUGAGAGUGUGAGGAAUAAACUACACUAAAGGAGCAACAGCAAGAACCUCAGAAAUAAAUCCCCAAUAGCUGCUCCAUUCGUAUUCCUCUCCCACAAGUUCGUGCAGAAGUGACACAAUAAUGGCGGCAUUGGCAUUCGUAUCUGAACUCAGGGUUGUCGUGUUUGGAAAGAGACAAAACGAAAAAACAAGACUAAGUGACUUCAUCACGAGGGGAAAAGAUGUGAAAGCGUCAAAGCAAUGUACAGCCGCCGACGGAGAAUGGAGAGGCACAAAAUUAAGAGUAGUGACGACCUCAGACGUCUUCGGUCUGCCGCAGGAUAAAGUGAGACACGAGAUGAGAAAGUGCGUCGCUCUUUGUCCUCCUGGACCAAAUGUCCUCCUGCUGUUAGUGACGCCGUCUGACUUCAAUGAAGAGGACAGACACACAUUGAAGUUUAUUCUGAGCUUCUUCGGUGAAGAUGCCUUUCAACACGCGAUGGUCAUCAAAACACAAGAGGGAGAGUUAUUGAAUUCUUCUGUGGACAAACUCAUCCGAGACUGCAAACAAAGGCAGCACAGCAUUAACUUUGACAAAAAGGGUGUUUCGGAUCAUGAUUAUAAAGAACUGAUCGGAAAGAUGGAGAACGUCGUGAGUGACAACAAAGGAGGACAUCUGAACUGUACUGAAGAGGCUGAUCCCAGAACAGUAUCUGUAACUUCCAAGCCUGUAGUGAAGAGGGCAGAUUCUGAACAUCAGAACAGAGAGUGUCUCAGGAUGGUGCUGAUUGGAAAGACUGGUUCUGGAAAGAGUGCCAGUGCAAACACUAUUUUGGGCAAAGCAUGCUUCAAAUCUAGACCCAGCUCAAAGUCAGUUACAGAGGUUUGCCACAAAGAAACCGAGGAGAGUGACGGACGGCCUGUCGUCAUAGUCGACACCCCCGGCUUGUACGACACGACUCUGUCCAACGAUGAAGUCAAAGAGGAGCUUGUGAAAUGCGUCACCAUGUUGUCUCCUGGACCUCAUGUCUUCUUACUGGUGCUGCAGAUCGGCCGCCUCACACAGGAGGAGAAAGACUCCGUGGAGCUGAUCAAGAAGUUUUUCGGCAAGAAGUCAGAAGACUUCAUCAUUGUUUUAUUCACCAGAGGAGAUAAUCUUCAAGGCAAAACAUUUGAGAAUUACAUGCAGGAAGACAGUGAAGGCUAUGUUACAAAACUCCUAGAAGACUGUGGAGGAAGAUACCAGAUCUUCAACAACAAACAUCCCAGCAGUGCUUCAGUCAGAGAGCUACUGAGGAAAGUUGAUUCAAUGGUGAAAAGAAAUGGUGGUGGCUGCUACACCUCCGACAUGUUCCAAGAAGCUGAAGCAGCCAUACAGAAAGAAAUGAAGAGGAUCCUGAAAGGAAAGGAAGGAGAGAUACAGAGAGAGAAGAUGGACUUAGAAAAUAAACAUAAAGAAGAAAUCCAGGCCAAGCAGAAAGAAAUGGCAGAACAAAUAACCAAAACUCAACGAGAGACAGAACUGAAAGCAGAACUGAUCAAGAUGAAGAGGGAAAACAUUAAGAAGGAGCAGGAAAAGAUGAAGAGAGAAGAAGAGGAGAGAAGAGCCAAGGAAAAUAAGACGAAAAAGCAGGAUGAAAUCCAACAAAUGCAGUGGAAGCAAAGUCUUGAAGCUACUGAUAAAACGCAGAUCAGAGUGGAGAUGAGACAAGAGCAAGAGAUUUGGGAGAAGGAGCGAGGGGAGAGGUGGAAGAAACGAUAUGAAGAAGACCAACAGAGACGAUUUGAGGAGCAAACGCAGCUUCAAAUGCUCAAAGCAGAAUACAAACAAGAAAAAGAGGAGUAUGGAAGAAAAAGAAAGGAAGAUCAAAUCAGAAGAGGAAAAGAAGACCAAGAGUUAAAGAUAUUACAAGAAACACUCAUGAAAAAUCUACUGGUACUCCAGAAUACCCACGAAGAAGAGGCCAGAAAGCAAGCUGAAGACUUCAAUGAAUUCAGACAUAGAUACACCGACGACUUCGAAGCUCUGACGGAAAAGCACGGCAAGGACAUGGAGGACCUGAAGGAGAGGCAACGAGAACACAACGACAUGCUGGUACAACAACUGUGCAAACACAGACCGCAUCAGAGAGACUUUGAGAGACUGAAGAGAAAACAAGAAGAAGAAAUGAAUGAGCUGACGGUGACCCUUCAUCCACCAAACAAAGAAAACAUGGACGAAGAAAUCAGCGAACUGAAGGCGAGACACGAGCAAGAAACAUACCAGUGGAUACAAGAACAUGUGAAGAAAGCGGGAAGAAGGAACUGUCCCAUUUUAUGAGCUGUCGUGAGAUGUGACCGCAGCAGCACAGGUUCAAACUGCAGAACUAUGAGACGUAUACUUAUUCCUGUUUGUUUCCUGUUAUAUAUGUUCAGGGUCUGAAAUAAGCACCCGACAGAUGUGCGUUAGUUGUUGGCAGUAAAAUAGUCGGACAACCCAGAAAGACACGUUUAGUGAGGUUAGCGUAUAAUUGGAUAGAUCUACACAUUCAGAAUUAGCUCGCAAACUGCUGCGGGAAAGUAGCGCUAUCAACAAUACAGACCCACACUCGUUAGUGUGUCUACUCAACGUAUUAAUUAAGUCUAAAGGACGGCUCAGUGUGUGGCGGAGGGCUGCCUCUGGUCCUGAGAAGUUAAACCUUAAACCUGCAUUCUCUCUAAUUGCCAAUCAGGAAAGUCUGAUUGUAUGGAAGUCUAUGAGAAAAUGACUCUACGGCGUCUCUACGUCACCCAAACAUGGUCACGUCUGCUCGCUGGUUGUUAAAAACCAAGAUGGCGACGGUUAAAAAUGACAAACUCGAGGCUUCAAAGUCGCUGUCCACAAGUCAAACACAAAGCCGUCCGCUUCUUACAUGCAGUCUUUGGUCGUGAGUUUGUGGUGAGUGGGAGAGGGAGGCGGUGGAUGCACUCAGAGGAGAAAUGAGCAGUUCAGUAGUCGAGUGGUGGUAAACGUACAGGGAAGCUGAAGUUCCCGUGUUUUGUUUCUCAUCUGUAAAGUGAAGAGAGUGGCCAUCACUAUGGUUUCUGCUUCCGGUGUUCCGGAAUAAUCUCUGUAUGAAUUGAAAUGUAUUGCUAGUAUAUAUUUGCACGGAGGUAAUACACCAUGCAGGUCAUUUCUUUCUGUGUAAAUAUAUCAAACAUUGAAUGACAUCGUUCUUUACAUAAAGUGAAACAUCUCGCUAAAGGACCACGGUUGAAGAUUAGCCGGCUGGCUAACACUGGCACAUCUACAGUAAUGUUGAUUAAUGUGUGUUGUACUUAUGAAUAUAUGAAUGAAAUGAAAUGUUAUUCCUUCAUUUGGCGCAUUGAUUUCAAAAGAGGCAGAUCAAGUUUAGAGUGGCAAACAAAAAACUAACGACUUUCCCGGUGGAGUCAGUGGAACAAAAAAGGAACUUUUAAGACUUUAAUUUAAAGUUUGCGCUGUUAGAAUCUCUCUUUUCUUUUGCUCAGUUGUGCUUGUUGUGAUGGUGUCAUGUCAAUACUGUAUUUGUCACCACAUCUUAUGAAACAUGCUUUAUUUACACAUUUAGAAUGUUUCUCUUCUGAAAAAUCACCAAAAAACUCUUUUGUUUCUUGUAAACACUUCACUGAUUAUAAAAUAAUCAUGUAACAAUAAAA